AUGACAAAGUUGGAAGAAAAUGCCGUGAGAGCAGGCAAUCAAAGCACAAGGCGAUCGGAGGGAAGCAGAUGGCUAAUAUUGCAUUGGCGAGAGCGUCAAUGUUGCACAUUAUCAGAGUUGCUGAAAAAACGUGGCACAGGCUAUUUCUCCAAUAAUCUCACUUCAAACCGGAUUUCAGGAAACGCUUUAAUGAAAACAAAUUUAGCUUCAGAGACAGCAAAAGCCUUUUGCCUUCGACGUUUUCAGCCCAAAACUCAUACUUUAAGAAGUUUGCAGGAGGCUGGAAUAUCAAAAGGAAGGAGGUGGAAUGAUACAAGGAAAGAGCAAGAAACAGACGACUGCGUACAUUUAAGUGAAUGUAAAGUGCGAGCAGUCAGUACAAGACAUUCUCAUGGAGAACUCAACCUCACGAGUGCAUCCAGUGAACAUCAGAAAUCCUUUGCUACUAAAAUGAUAUUAGCUGGAGCAUAUAAUGACAAAGUUGUAAUAAAAUGCAAAUUAUACAAGAAAUCAAAGCACAAUGAGAUUGAAGGGGAGCUGGAUUGA